CCGGGGUUGUGCGCUGAGUUGCUGUUUUCCUUUAGCCGUCCUAGGCCCCGAAGCCGAGAUGCCGCUGGAGAACCUGGAGGAGGAGGGUCUACCCAAGAACCCCGACCUGCGCAUCGCGCAGCUGCGCUUCCUGCUCAGCCUGCCCGAGCACCGCGGGGACGCGGCCGUGCGCGACGAGCUGAUGGCGGCCGUGCGCGAUAACAACAUGGCUCCUUAUUACGAAGCCUUGUGUAAAUCCCUCGACUGGCAGACAGACGUGGACCUGCUCACGAAGAUGAAGAAGGCGAAUGAAGAAGAGCUGAAACGUCUGGAUGAUAUGCUGGAAGACGCCGAGAAGAAUCUGGGCGAGAGCGAGAUCCGCGACGCCAUGAUGACCAAGGCGGAGUACCUCUGCCGGAUAGGCGACAAGGAAGGAGCGUUGACGGCCUUUCGAAAGACAUACGACAAAACUGUGGCCUUGGGGCAUCGACUGGACAUUGUGUUCUACCUCCUCAGGAUUGGCUUAUUUUACAUGGAUAAUGAUCUCAUCACUCGCAACACAGAAAAGGCAAAAAGCUUGAUAGAGGAAGGAGGAGAUUGGGACAGGAGAAAUCGUCUAAAAGUGUACCAAGGCCUUUAUUGUGUGGCUAUUCGGGAUUUCAAACAGGCAGCUGAGCUUUUUCUUGACACUGUUUCAACAUUUACAUCCUAUGAACUUAUGGAUUACAAGACCUUUGUGACGUACACCGUUUAUGUCAGUAUGAUUGCCUUAGAAAGACCAGAUCUCAGGGAAAAGGUUAUUAAAGGAGCAGAAAUUCUGGAAGUGUUACAUGGUCUUCCAGCAGUUCGGCAGUAUCUCUUUUCACUCUAUGAGUGCCGUUACUCCACUUUUUUCCAGUCACUGGCUGUUGUGGAACAAGAAAUGAAAAAGGAUUGGCUCUUUGCUCCUCAUUACCGAUACUAUGUAAGAGAAAUGAGGAUCCAUGCCUACAGCCAGCUGCUGGAAUCAUAUAGGUCACUGACCCUUGGCUAUAUGGCAGAAGCCUUUGGUGUUGGUGUGGAAUUCAUUGAUCAGGAACUCUCCAGAUUUAUUGCUGCUGGGAGACUACACUGCAAAAUAGAUAAAGUGAAUGAAAUUGUAGAGACCAACAGGCCUGAUAGCAAGAACUGGCAGUACCAAGAAACUAUCAAGAAAGGAGAUCUGCUAUUAAACAGAGUCCAAAAACUUUCCAGAGUAAUUAAUAUGUAAAACCCUAUAAACAAAGGAUUUGCUUUAGAGAUGUUUAAGAAUUUUUAUUGCUUUACUAUGUUACCAGCUCAACUGUAUAAAAUAAACAUCUUUCCAAUUUA